AUGCUUCUCAGCUUUGGAGAAUUGGCCCUUUGUAGAUGUCCUGAAUCCCAGCAGUACACUCCCCUCUCGUCACCCAAGGGCCAGGAACCAGCUGGUGCAGGUAGUUCUGACCUGCAUUUGCACACUCACUUACAAGAUGUUUUCUUGCUUCUGGUGUCUGCCCCCUGGUGGGUGAGGCUGGUGGAGAGGCUUGUGCACGCUUCCUGCAGGGAGGUGCCAGCGUCUGCCCCCUGGUGGGUGAGGCUGGUGGAGAGGCUUGUGCAGGGUUCCUGCAGGGAGGGGCUGGUGUCUGCCCCCUGCUGA